AUGCUGUCUUCAUCUACCACCUCUAACUCCACCACCUCUGACCCCAAACAUGUUGCCAUGGAGACCUACUGGAGGGAAGUACACAGCAUCGAGGAGGAGAAGGAUGGGGAAGAAGAAGAGGAGGAAGAUGAGAGAAAGAGUAUGGAUGAGGUGGAGCUUGAGGAGGCGUGGCUGACAGAUGCGGGGUUGGCUUCCCUGGUGACGGGCUUGCCAUUGGCAGAUGAGGUGCCACCGCCUGCUGAGGUGCUGCUGUCCACGUUGACACAUCAACAAGCAACCACUGUGAGGAAGAGGCUGGAUAACUAUAACGAGACACUGAAGAAGAGAAACAGACAGCCAAUCAGAGAUGUCCGGGAUAUCUUCACUGAGCCUGACGACCCAGCAGACAGAUCUGUGUACCCCCACUCCCAUCAUGCUGAACCAUCACCAAGUCGAUACCACACCACCACCAAGACCAUUCGCCGAAAUACUUCCAGAGUACGACCAACUCUACCCUUGUUGGCUGUUGAAGAUCGACUACCGGAGCAUCCUUCACCCCCCUCAAACACAGACUCUCUGCAUCACGCAAACUCUCCAGGAAACAAAUGGUCUCCGACACAUGUCAUCGACACAAAUGUUCUGACACAUGCACAUUCUCCAACACACACCGACUCUCACAAAUAUACCUCUUCCCCUCCUCACACACGCACGCCCCCCGUCAGUCAAAUGAUGCAACCUGACUGGGUGCUGCGGGACUCUCCAUACUCAGAGGCUGUGGCUGAGCACAAAAUGGGCAAGGCUUGUUGGGACUGUUUACGUUUCCAUAGAGACAACAACAGUGAGCUGCAGUUUGCAUCUAUCUCUCCCUCUCAGGGUCUUAGCUGUGCAGGCGACCUGUCGUCACGUGACCUCACACAGCUGAGUUUCAUUUCACACAUUGAGCUCACAACCUUCCUGAUGACUCUGGGCAUACACAACAAACGCACACGUCCUCCACGCUGCAGGAACCGGGACAGUGGUGUGUUUGGCGUUCCUCUGAACACGCUGUUGGAGAAAGACAGGAAGAAGUUUCCCGGGGUCAAAGUUCCUGUCGUGUUCCAGAAGUUGUUGUGUAUCUUAGAGCAAACAGGCCUGUUGACUGAGGGGAUUCUCAGAGUACCAGCAUCAGCUGCUAAAGUCAAGUGCCUUCGUAGAGAAUUAGACAGGUGCUAUGAGGGAUUUGACUGGUCUGCAUUAAGACAGGUGGACGCUUCCAGUCUGUUGAAGCUUUUCAUCAGAGAGCUGCCAACCCCUCUGCUGACACACACACACCUGUCCACCUACCGCUCUGUACUGAGUAUCCCUUCUGAGCUCCAUCAGGUUCAGGCCCUGCAGCUGCUGACAUUGCUUCUUCCAGAAGCCAACAGAGAAAUUCUGAGAGCUCUGCUGGACUUCCUCCGUAAGGUGGUCUCUCAUCAGGAUCAGAACCGUAUGUCUCUGUGGAAUGUGUCCAUGGUGAUGGCACCCAACCUGUUCCGUCGUCACCAUGGAAACAAGCGCUCAAUUGCUAAACGAGAUGAGAUGGAGGAGGCAGUGGGUGGAGCUCAGCUGAUCCGGCUGAUGAUCAUUCACCAGGACUUGCUUUGGACUGUCCCCAAGUUUCUAUUGUCUCAGGUGAGACAGAUGAACCAGGUGUCCAUUCAGAAACAGCUUGGCCUGAGCUGGACCAGUAGACUGUUGAGGAAGAAGAAUGACAAGAAUGAAAGAGAUCAGGUGAGACAGAGACCAGGGCCAAGGAAGACAGAGACUAGGACCUGGAAAGGCCAAGAACUGCAUGAGAUUUGCACCAAAACAAGGGCUGGAAUCACAGAGCUGUGCGAAGGUGUGAUCAGAGUUCAUGCUCCUCUACACACCAAGAUUUCCAUGGUGAUACAACUUGAGGAACAGACAACAGCCAAGGACAUAACGUCCCGCUUCGAGUGUGAGAACAGUCCGGUUCAACAUCUGUAUGAAGUUGGAGGAAACAUCUGUGAGCGUCGUCUUCAUCCUGACUGUGUUUUGUUGGAUGUUUACAGAGUUAAUCCCCACUGUGAUUGGCUAAUUAAACCCUGACAACCUGUCUCAGAACCUUUUUCAAGUGUCUCACCACCUCUCUCAUUAA